AUGUCAACUUUGGAAGAACAAAAAAUUCUCAUAGAGCUUGAAACUAUGCCGUUCAUUGUUGGUCCUACGGAUAACGAGCAAGAACGGAAACAACAAGAAUUCGAUGAUGUGACAACGAAAAAGGAAGAAAAUUCAAACGGGCUGAGCAGCGUUAAGUCAGUCAUUAGCACAAUGAUUUCAAGGAAAAAUGGAAUAUCAGCUACAUCUGGGCUCAUCAAUUUUAUAUGUGGAAUGAUUGGUCCGGGAUGUUUUUCACUUGCAGUGAGCUUUAAGCAAGCAGGUCUAUGGGGUGGUCUCGUAUUAGUUUUCAUUGUCGGGUUUCUAAGUCUCUACAGUAUGCACAAAAUAGUUAGCUGUUCCCAGUAUCUAGCAAAAUCUAAUGGUGACCAAAGUUUGGAUUACGGUCAAAUGGCAGAAGCAGCAAUGCUAAAUAGUUAUAAAUGGACUAAAAGGCAUGCUAAAUUAACAAAGAUAAUAGUUAAUGCUUGCCUCUUGGCUUUCCAACUUGGUGUGAUUACUGUAUUCAUGGUUUUUGCAGUUGAACAUGUUAUUGAGAUCUGGGAAUUUAUUGGCGAUUCUCCACCACCAUUCUCAAAAACUGUCAUGAUCUUGUUAUAUUUCGUUCCUCAAAUGCUCCUGAAUUUCAUUGGACACAUGAAGCUAAUCACAAUACUGUGUCUGUGUGGAAAUGUGAUUAUAUUUGGAGCUAUCAUUUUAAUUACGAAGGAGCUAAUGGUUCACAAAUGGUAUCCCACAUGGGAAUUGAAUAGUGUUACUGGGAUCGAGGGUAUUUCACUUGCUGCUGGAGCAUUGAUCUAUUCAUUCGAAGGACAAGCUAUGGUUUUGCCAUUGGAAAACUCAUUGAAACAUCCAAAAGAUAUGACUGGAGCAAGCGGAGUUCUGUCAACAGCAAUGAACCUUGUUACUGUUCUAUACGCCUUUUUGGGAUUUUUUGGAUAUGUUACAUUUGGUCCCAAAGUACAAGGAAGUUUGACUCUGAACCUACCAAACUCCAUACUGACUGUUUCCAUCAAAGGACUUCUUGUUCUGAAAAUAUUCUUUGGAAGUGCCAUCCAACUGUUUGUUAUUGUUCAAAUGCUUCUUCCAAGUCUUCGAUCUCUAAUCUCGGAAGAUCGAAAAUUGAUUCAUCGGUUUCUACCGUAUGCUCUUCGUCUCGGAUUGAUGCUCAUCUCAUUGUGUCUGGCCUUGGUGGUUCCAAAUCUAAUGCAGAUAAUUCCUCUGGUUGGAAUCACAUCUGGUCUUUUGAUUUCUUUGAUUCUACCUUCAUUUUUGGAUUGUAUAGUAUUUUUACCAGUUUAUAAAAAACAAGGAGAAAUGUUCCUAUAUUAUCAGAAAUUGAUCAUCAAUGUAUUUUUAUUCGUUCUUGGCUGGCUCUUUCUGGGAUCUGGACUCUAUUCAAGUAUUGACGACAUAAUUAAUAACGAUGUAUGA